AUGCCCACCACAGCUCCAGAGAAACCAAAACAGGGCACCUCUAGCAAAUCGUUCUUUGGCAGAAAAUUAUACAAGGAAAGGCAAACAGACGAUCGCUUCGAUGGAUAUACAGCCUCGUUGAGUUCAACAAACGCGGAAACACAAUCAAUCACAGGUAGUCUAGCUGGGUCACGCGGUUCACGAUAUUCAGCGAGAGGAUCUAUUGGUUCAUUUGACGCGGACGAAUCUAAUGCUGCUGCUGUCGCUGCUCUCAAUUCCAAUGCCGGCAUAAUCACCUCGAUACCCUUUGAUAGCAUGCCCUCGGACUCAAAAAUUCCCAUACCCGUGGAUUACCUGCCAAAACAAGAUUCAGGCGCUCGCCGAGAGCCUUCUCCCAAUCAUCUUGCAAAGUCCAACGCUGAUUAUCAUCAGUAUCCAGCCUGGGACUCGAAAUCUACAUCCUCACAUAAUUCCGUUACGCCCUCGGUCAGUGGUCCUCGGCCGCCGCCGCACGCCUCGAAUUUAACAAUGACGGGUAGCUCUACAGGAGACCGCGGCGCCAGGUAUCAACAAUGGGGGAGACCUGGCAGCUCUGCGGCAAAUAAUAACUUUACCUACGCCUCUGGCAGUUACGCUUCAGCCGACUCGUCCUCCGCCUCAAGAAUGUCUCUCGAUCAGACCAGCAUACAUUCCUCUCAGUCAUCAUCCGCUACAAGAACCUCAUAUUUUUCCGACAGCAAUUCUUCCCGUACCCUCACCACCUCUUAUUCCGGGGGUGAUCGCAGUGGCAGUCGCUACUCAAACGCCCAAGGAUCAUGGCCAUCACAACCUCAAUAUGGUGUCAGCCCUUCUCCAUCAAUGUCGACUGUAGCGUCUGGGGACUAUUUGUCACGGCCAAAGGACGAUCGAAUGGUCGACCAGCUUUUUCUCGAAUUGAUGCAGAAGCGAGGCUGGCAGAAUUUACCAGAACAAGCCAAAAGACAGAUGCUUGCAUAUCCCGCCUCCAAAAAAUGGACCCUCGUUCAUCAAGAUCGUUUGACCGAGCUCCAAGGAGAGCAGAAGCGACGCAACAACGCCCGGCUCACUCACGGCUACGAUAGUGGCUCUCUUACUGUUAUAGGCCGAGCCGACGAAGAGGGAAGCCCGGAGUGGUAUGUGAAGAAGGUUAUGGACGAUACAAUUACUUCGAAACAACUAGGCAGUUUGAGUGUUAGUCUGCGGACGCAACCCAUCAGCUGGGUCAAAGCUUUUGUUGAAGCUCAAGGUCAGGUUGCUCUAACAAAUGUGUUACUCAAAAUCAACCGCCGCAAGACUGCUGGACCAGGGCCUGUAGUGUCAGGCGCUGAUAAAGAUCUUGAACGUGAAUAUGACAUUACCAAAUGUCUAAAGGCCUUGAUGAACAACAAAUAUGGCGCCGACGAUGCUCUUGCACACCAACAAGUUAUCGUUGCCCUGGUCAGCUCGCUGCUGUCGCCACGACUGCAAACUCGAAGAAUUGUCAGCGAUGUACUAACUUUUCUCUGCCACUGGGGCGACGGUCAAGGCCACCAAAAGGUGUUGCAGGCAAUGGAUCAUGUCAAGAAUCAUAAUGGGGAAACAGGUCGAUUUGAUGCCUGGAUGCGUAUCGUCGAGGUGACCAUCGACGGUCGUGGCAAGAUGGGCAGUCUGGUCGGCGCAAGUGAAGAGUUUCGCAGCGGAGGUGUGGGCAUGGAGAAUCAACUCAUGGAAUACGCAGUUGCGACAAUGAUGAUGAUCAAUAUGCUUGUAGAUGCACCGCAGUACGACUUGCAAUUACGAUGUCACAUUCGAGCUCAGUUCAUCGCUUGUGGUAUCAAGCGUCUGUUGACGAAGAUGGAGGGCUUCCAAUACGAGAUCAUUGACAAACAGAUUGAACGAUUCCGAGAAAAUGAGGCAAUUGACUACGAGGACCUGUUGCAGCGCGAGGGCAGCAGCGCCAAGGACAGUGUUGAAGGAGAAGUCAAGGACAUGAGUGAUCCUGCCCAGAUUACUGAUGCGAUCAAUAUGAAGUUACAAGGUACACGAGCGGGAGAUUAUUUUCUCUCUGCAAUGCAGCAUAUGCUUCUUAUACGAGAGAAUUCUUCAGGCGAUGAUGGAUUGCGUAUGUUUCAAUUGGUCGAAGCCAUGCUUAGCUACGUUGCUAUGGAUCGUCGGCUGCCAGAUCUAGACCUUCGCCAGGGCUUGACGUUCACAGUGCAAAACUUACUGGAUAAGUUGCAUACAGACGCCGAGGCUAGACAUGCGUACGACGAAUCCUUGGAGGCUCGCCAGGUCGCAGAAGCCGCCAUUGCCGAGCGUGAUGAAAUGAAGGCACAGAUCGAGCUCGGGGCUGAUGGUCUAGUCAAAAAAUUACAAAAGCAGAUUGAGGAACAAGCCAGUGUUCUUGAGUUGCAACGCCGCCAAAAUGAUUCUCUCAAGUCUGAGCUCAAUGAUGUUCACCGUCUUCGAGCGCAAGAAUUGCAACGAAAUGAGUUGGAGACUCGUGAAUUGUACCUCAUGCUUCGGGAUGCCCAAGAUAUUGCUGCUUCUAAUGCAAAGAAACAAGCACCUGAAAACAAACUUGGUGAAACUGAUCCAACUCAGAUGAGAGGUAUCCUGGAUCGCGAGAGACUACUUGAAAGACUUGAACGCCAACUCGAGCGGACAAAGACUCAAUUCAAGCUCGAAGGCAAGGUUUGGAACCAAGAUGGCCCAUCAGAUCGUCUACGUGAACUUCGAGAACAGAUGGAGGGUGCUCUCGCGCAGCCAGAGGAAGAAUUCGAAAAGAAGACUCGGCAAACCCUAACAAACAGCACUUUCGGAUCUGUCACACGCAAAAAGGUUGCUUCAACUGAACAAGAGGCCCAACCUCUACCCGAGAUCAUCGAGACGGAAGCGGUUGAGGAGAAGGAGAAGGUCACAUUAGAAACCUAUGAACGACCGCGCAUGAACCCAAUACAAGCCACUGGUUUAUUGGGAGAGAUUGCCGCCAAGGUUCGCAAAUAUGACUCGGAUGAGGAAGCUGAGGGCUCGAAAGCAGAACAAAAGGCCGAAGCUGAAGCUGCUGAGAAAGAGGCCGACGUCAAAGACGAGGUUUCAAAACCUGCUGUUACUGCUGUACCACCUCCUCCUCCCCCUCCUCCUCCUCCUCCACCACCACCACCACCUCCGCCGCCAAUGUCUGGAGCUAUUCCCCCUCCGCCGCCACCUCCUCCCCCUCCUCCCCCACCAAUGUCAGCUGGGGGUAUUCCUCCGCCGCCGCCGCCUCCUCCUCCUCCUCCUCCCCCAAUGUCUCCUGGUAUGCCGCCGCCACCUCCACCUCCGCCUGGCGCUCCUGUACCUGGCGCUUGGCGAGCAAACUACAUGUCACAACAAGACCAAUCAUAUGCUCCGACAACCACUAUGCCUUCGAUAAGACCUAAGAAGAAACUCAAGGCUCUUCAUUGGGAUAAGAUUGACACUCCUCAGGUUACAGUAUGGGCCAGUCAUGCCCCGACAACCGAAGCAAAGGAAGAAAAAUACACCGAUUUGGCAAAGAAGGGUGUUCUCGACGAAGUGGAGCGGUUGUUCAUGGCCAAGGAGACAAAGAUCUUAGGUGGUGGAAACACGGCUCAAAAACGAAAAGACAAGAAACAGAUCAUCUCCAACGAACUCUCCAAGACUUUCCAGGUCGCCUUGGCCAAGUUUUCGCAAACAUCGGUGGAUGAGUUGGUACGGAUGAUUAUCCAUUGCGACAAGGAGAUUAUGGAGAAUGAUGUCGUUAUGGACUUUUUGCAGCGAGACGAUCUCUGUAAUAUUGCUGAAAAUACCGCCAAACUCAUGGCACCAUAUAGCAAGGACUGGACUGUUGCCGACGCCGCAACGGCCGAGAGGGAGCAAGAUAUUAAUGAACUUACUCGGGAGGAUCAGAUCUACCUACAAACGGCUUAUGAACUCAAUCAUUAUUGGAAGUCUAGGAUGCGCGCGCUUGCACUGACAAGGAGUUACGAGGCGGAUUACGAUCAUAUUUCCACCAAGAUACAGGAGGUGGCUCAAGUUUGCGAUUCUCUUCGUGAUUCCGUAUCGCUUAUGAAUGUUUUGGGUUUGAUUCUAGAUAUUGGUAACUUUAUGAAUGACGCCAACAAGCAGGCUCAAGGUUUCAAGCUGGGUUCUCUUGCACGAUUGGGCAUGGUCAAGGACGACAAGAACGAAACUACAUUCGCGGAUCUUGUGGAACGUAUCGUGCGUAAUCAAUAUCCGGAAUGGGAGGGUUUCCAAGACGAAAUCGGUGGUGUGGCUGGUGUGCACAAACUUAAUAUCGACAAUCUGCGUCAGGAUGCUGUCAAAUACAUCAACACCAUCAAGAACGUACAGUCAAGUCUUGAUUCGGGCAACUUGAGUGAUCCGAAGAAAUUCCAUCCUCAAGAUCGUGUUAGUCAGGUGGUUCAACGAAACAUGAAAGAAGCUCGACGGAAAGCCGAGCAGAUGCAGAUCUUACUUGAUGAUUUGGCAAAGACGUUUGAUGACAUUAUGACAUUCUAUGGUGAGGACAAUACGGAUGAAAACUCGCGUCGUGACUUCUUCGGCAAGCUUGCUUCUUUCUUGCAAGAAUGGAAGAAAUCCAAGGAGAAGAAUAUAGCGCUAGAGGAGAACCGAAGACGAAUCGAAUCAUCUUUGGCACGCAAACGAGUCAAUGCUACCAUAGCCAACGGUGGUGCUACCGACAGUCCUGUAUCACCAACAUCAAGUGGUGCGAUGGACUCGUUACUAGAGAAACUACGUGCAGCGGCGCCCCAAGCCAAAGACCAGCGCGACAGACGUCGGCGAGCACGAUUAAAAGAAAGACAUCAAGUGCGAGUAGCGUCAGGACAGCGAAUGCCCGGCCUGAUGGGCGCAGAAGCCGACGACGGCGAGGGCGCAUCCGUGAUAUCCACCGCCGACGCGAGCGGCGACCUUCUCUCACCACAGGAAGACGCCAAGUCAACAAAUGGCGCCGAAUCCGUAUCCGAGGGAGAAGACAUUGCCGACCGAGCCGCCAAUCUCUUGCAAGGUCUACGCAGCAACAACACAGAUACCGACGAAGAGCGCACCCGCCGACGCAGAGAAAGCGCAGAGGACGAGCGGCGAGCACGCAGACUGCGCAUGAGAUCUCGCAAUGCAGGGACAAGUGGCAGCAAAGACGGCGCGGAUGGACUAGUCCUUCCCUCGUUGAGGGAGACAUCCGCGGCUCCAGAGGAAGAUAUACAGUCUCCUGGCACAUCACAAUCCACGCCAGCCAUAGUGGUAUCAUCCGAGUCGAACGAUCUGGAUCCUCCUGCCGAUGAUAAUAAUGCUAAUAGUAAUCACCAACAAAGCGGAGAAGGAGAUGAAGACGUCGCGAUGGAUGGCUCGUCCCCGGACAGACCGGUGGAAAUAUCCGAUUGA